UAAACAAAUACAUACGUAAAUGUACAAAUUUUAGUUCAACAGAAUGUUGCCAGGCUAUAAUCUAAACAACAACGAGAUCCAUUUGCUCAUACAUUGGAUUAAUAGUGCGCUCAAAGGAGCCGCAACGUGCACCGAUCUGGAGCAGCUGCGCGAUGGUGUUAUAUACUGUAAGCUAUUGGUCACACUGCAUCCUGGCGCAUUAAGCAAGGAUUUGGUUAUUGAGCAGUGCAGGAAUGCCAGCGACUUUAUGCACAACUACCUGCUGUUGAGGGCAGGCUUCGAUAAUGCCCGAAUUCGUUGGAAUUUCGAGGUGAAAGAUUUGAUUGACGGCCGCAUGAACGAGAUGGUACGUCUGGCCAAGUUCUUUGUCUAUCUGUUUGGCAUGCAGCAGAAGGCAGCCGAUGCGGCAAGUAUGCUGCCCACACCUCUGCCGCCACGAGACAACGAGGCGCGUAAACCAGAGUCCAAGUUGCCCAAGCUCUAUCAUGUGCUUGACCAUAGCUUUCCCCUUCCACAGCCGGUGCUAAUGUGCGAUGUACCCCGUAUGGCCCAACCGGCGCCCACAGGCAACCGAAGGACCUUCACACACACCUUCCACACUGAUCACUCGGUCAGCGUUAAUGCAGUCUGUGACUGUGCACAUCGGCAGCAUUGGUCCUAUACACCCCCCACUGGAACGCAUUUCAAGCAGCAGCAGCAGCAACAGUCUAAGAUGGGCCCCAAUGGCCAGCAGGGGCGUGAGAAACAAUGAGGGCUCGAGAGAGCUGCUCCAUAACUCACCCUCCCAUUGGUUACAUAAUGUAUGAACUGAUAAAGCUAGAGAUUAAGCAAAAUAAUAGCUUUGUCCGGAACAUGA